AGGGAGCGCUACCUUAGUCCCUAAGGCAUCGCCGCGCCUCCAAAGCCACCGACGCAGGCGGCGCGAGCACAACACGCCGCGCCCGGUAGCUCUCUCGCCCAGCCCAUCACCUCCCAUCCCCCGCCGCUUUUAGCCGCAGGCGCGGAGGAGAGAUUGCGAGCUUCCAACUGUACAACUUGCCGUCCACCCACCUCGCCUCCCCACCGAUCGCAAAGCGCCCUCUUCCACCUCCGCUGCCGCCGCCACCGCCACCGCCACCGCGCAGAUCCGCCCCAUGUCGACCUCUUCCCGCACCUCCUGGGCCGACAUCGCCGACGCCGAGCCUGCGCCUCCUCCUCCUCCUCCCGCCGCCGUCGCGGCCCCUACCCCCGCCCCGGUCGCCAACGGCCCCGCCCGCUCCUCCUACGUCCCUCCCCACCUCCGCAACCGCUCCUCCGCGUCCGCCCCUCCCCCCUCCUCCGCGCCUCCCCCGCGCGCCGCCCCCGGCCUCCUCUCCCGCCCCGGCGCCGGGGGCGGCGGCGGCAGGCCCCGCCCAGGGCGAUGGGACCGGGAGCCAAACCCCUUCGCGGCCGACGAGGCCGCGGCGGCUGCCGAGCCUGCCCCGUUCGAGGAGCAUCAGAACACGGGGAUCAACUUCGACGCGUACGAGGACAUCCCCGUCGAGACCAGCGGCCGUGAGGUGCCCCCGCCCGUCUCCACCUUCGCGGAGAUCGACCUCGGCGAGGCGCUCAGCGAGAACAUCCGCCGGUGCAAGUACGUUCGCCCGACCCCCGUGCAGCGGCAUGCGAUCCCGAUCUCGCUGACCGGGCGGGACCUCAUGGCGUGCGCGCAGACGGGCUCCGGGAAGACGGCCGCGUUCUGCUUCCCCAUCAUCAGCGGCAUCCUGCGGGGACCGCCCGCGCAGAGGCCACAGCGGGGCGGGAUGAGGACCGCGUACCCGCUCGCGCUCAUCCUCUCGCCCACCAGGGAGCUCUCCAUGCAGAUUCAUGAUGAGGCGAGGAAAUUUUCGUAUCAGACAGGUGUUAAGGUGGUUGUUGCAUAUGGAGGAGCACCAAUUAAUCAGCAAUUAAGAGAUCUUGAGAGGGGUGUUGACAUUCUUGUGGCUACUCCUGGUCGUUUGGUUGACUUGUUAGAAAGGGCAAGAGUUUCUUUGCAGUCAAUUAGAUACCUUGCCCUUGAUGAGGCAGAUAGAAUGCUUGAUAUGGGUUUUGAACCACAAGUUAGGAGAAUUGUUGAGCAAAUGGACAUGCCUCCACCAGGUGUCAGGCAGACACUUCUGUUUAGCGCGACAUUCCCAAAAGAAAUCCAGAGAAUGGCCUCAGACUUCCUGGAGAACUACAUCUUCCUAGCUGUUGGAAGAGUUGGAUCGAGUACUGAGUUGAUUGUCCAAAGAAUUGAGUUUGUGCAGGAGGCAGACAAAAGAAGCCACCUUAUGGAUCUGCUACAUGCUCAAAGAGAUACUGGAAAGCAAGCUCUCACACUUGUCUUUGUGGAAACCAAAAGGGGUGCUGAUUCAUUGGAAAGCUGGUUGUGUAUGAAUGGGUUUCCAGCUACUUCUAUUCAUGGAGACAGAAAUCAGCAGGAAAGAGAAUUUGCUUUGAGAUCCUUCAAGAGUGGCCAAACUCCUAUUCUAGUUGCAACUGAUGUGGCAGCUCGUGGCCUUGACAUUCCUCAUGUUGCUCAUGUAGUGAACUUCGAUCUCCCCAAUGAUAUUGAUGAUUACGUACAUAGGAUUGGAAGGACUGGGAGAGCAGGAAAGAGCGGACUUGCAACUGCUUUCUUCAACGAGAAUAACUCGUCAAUGGCAAGACCUCUUGCUGAACUUAUGCAAGAAUCUAAUCAGGAAGUACCUGCAUGGCUCUCACGCUAUGCAGCUCGCCCUUCGUACGGUGGUGGAGGGAGGAACCGACGAUCUGGAGGUGGGAGCCGUUUCGGUGGUCGUGACUUCCGCAGUGACUCUUCCUCAUUCGGCAAGGGGGGUGCUCGUGGUGGUGGCGGUCACUAUGGUGGAGGCAGCAGUGGUGGUUAUGGUGGUUCUUCUUCAUACGGGGGUGGUAGCUAUGGUGGGGCUAGGGCUCCGAGCGCCUGGGAUUAAUGUUAUAGUUGCUCCCUAGUAAGGUUUGGCAAGUCUAGGCUACUUUUCAAUCUAGUUUUCUCAUUAGGUAUACAUUUUUGGUAGGAGCUGUUAUAAAGCGAUGGUACAAGGUGAAAUGCGUCAUCCCCUUUUUUUCUUCUGGUUACUACCACUGCAGUCUUAUCUUGCAGAUGUCCAUCAUGGAGAGCGUCUUGAGGACUUUCAAGCCCACAAGAGAUUCCUAGCUAGGAAUAGGAUUUCCAGUUCUUAAAUUCCUAGUUAGGGAUAGUAGCUGGUGUUGCUAGGCUGACAUGUAGUGCUUGAUGCAAAGUUUCCGCCUUUGCGUUUUCCUUGGUCCAUGUCUCAUUUUGGUGGUCGGAUGUUAUAAAGCUUGCGGUGAGGGGCUUUUGCGGCAUGAUUUUUGUCUUGGUUUUGACUUUUGACACCCAUAGGUUGAAGAACAGGUCGGAUGAUAUAGUCUUUUAGAUCCUGUUGUAAUGUAUAUACUGUGAGGUGAGGCUGGAAAGAAUAAAUUAUGUAGGUUUAGAGGAGGAAGGGGGAAGUUGUGUGAUAGUUUUGUCUGUGAAGAUACCUGCUAUUGUGUACUGUGAAUUUGUUUUGGAUGGAGUUAAACUAACAUAUUCAUCCAAA